AGAUUGAUUUCUUGAGCGGCGAUGGAUAAUCGUGGUCAUUUUUCUUCAAAUGGGAAUUUCCCACCGCAAGGAUAUCACCGACGUGAGCAGUCCCAAGAAGGAAUGAGAAUCGGGAAUCAUCACGGACCGUUUUCUUCGGGCAACAUGCGUAGUAUUGGAGGCUCAGCUCAAAACCAGCAGCAACGUCAUUGGACAAACAUGCUCAAUGGCUCAAAUAAUGUUGAGAAUUCUUGGGUGUGCUUCUCUGGAAACACGUCUCUUGCCGAUGAUCCAAAUGUUCUCUCCAAUUUCUCUGCGUUGGCACAACAAAGAGUUAACCAUUUUGAUACAAUUGUGCAGGAAAGGGACAAUAGGAAUGCGAGUUUCCUGAAUGGUUCAGCAGUUGGAAAUAACCUGAACACUUCGUUUAGCGUUUUUGGCAACUUGCGAGGAGGAGACCAAGAUCAUCGAGUUCUUUCCGAUCACACUGGAAUUUACACUGGUUUGGGAUCCACUGGACAAAACGCUGUUGGAACCGGGAUAAGACUGGCCGCUGAUGUCGCGAACGGCAAUUUCUUGGAGCAGAGAGCACCUACUGCCAUGGGACACAACCAAAGCUAUUCUGCACUGAACCAGUCAUUAGCACCAACACUCCUUGACCAAUACAAUCAGGCACUCCUCGACCAAUACAAUCAGUCUUCACAAAUGGCUCAAGGACGAGGAUAUCCGGCUCCAAAUAUAGCUUACGGUCUUCAAAAUGCCGGUUUUCCAGCUCCACAAAUAGCUCAUCGGCCGAAUACUCAAAAUGCAGAUCCUCAAGCGAUGAAUAUGAAUAACCGUUUAAGAGAUCAUACCUUCCAGAUGCCACAUACAAACGCUCAAGUUCCAAUGAGUUCUCUGCCAGGUCUAUUUAAUUUAUCCAUGAAUCACGGCUCCGGGAAUCAACAGUUCCAAAUGAAUCAAAGCUCAUCAGGCCCUGCACCUCAGUUGCCUAAUCUGUCGGAAAGCUUCCAGAUGGCGCAAGGGAGCUCUCAAGUUACAAUGAGUUCCAGACCAGCUCACUCCAACACUUCUAUGAAUCACAGCUCGAGGAACCAAUACAACCACGUGGAUCAACGCCCAUCACGCCCUGCACCCCAUUUGCCAACUCUGACAAAGGAAGAGGAAGCUUUCUUGGAGACUCCAGAUUUUGAACAAUUUGGAAGACAAUUGUACAACUACUUGCUUCCGGGAAUCCUUCCAAAUGGUGCUGCAGACACUUUCAGUGACGCUCCCAAGCAUCAGUUGCUGAAGCUGGCAAAAACACUGAAGCCGAUGCUCUACGACUACUGGCGGAAGACGAUGCAAAUGCAGAAUCGUGGAGCCAACAUCAACAUUAUUCAGUGGAUUAUUGAUUUCAACGCCAAGUUUGCUGCUCUCAACAGUUCAGUUGCCAAAGCCUCAAACUCAUCGGAUGUUCUCAAUCAAACUCUUCCAACUGCGGCUGAGGUUUCGGAUGUUGCCAGAGAGGAUGCUUCGACUUCACAGCCAUCCAAAAGCCGAUCCAUGUACAUUCGUCCCGCUGCCAGUCUUGAUAAUACCUUGGAGACACUUGAUGAGAAUUUGGAUUCUUCACAAAGUCAUGCCGGGCCAGUUCCAGCAGCUUCAACUAAGCCCAAAACACCAUCCUUUGAGAAGAUGAUUAGAUACAGUGGCAUCAAAAAGCGAAGCACAAUGGACAUGGAUAAUUUUGUUCGUAUGCUUGAUGAAAAGAUCAACUUUUCGCCUGAGCCAAGCACUUCAAGUGAUAUUGCCAGCUCUGUGAAAGGCUACAUGUCUCAAUCCUUCCUCCACCAACAAGAUGACGAAGCUCCUGAUUGCACCAAGAAUGUUCAUUCUGAAAGUGAUUUGAAACAAGCUGAGCCACAAGAAUCGGACAAGCAAAGUGACAAGGAAUUGCCAAGCAAUGAAUGAGACGUUGGACAAUUGGUUCGCCUACAAGAACACACUUACUGUGCUGCCAUUUUGUACCAUAACAAUUCUAUUUUUACCAUACUAACCAAUUUCACAAUUACAAAUUAUAUUUUCCUGUGAUUUUCAUCAACCAUCAACCCAUCUUGUGCUGUAUUUGUAUCUCAUAGUAGAAACCUCCCAGCAACUAAUUUUGACUUUUGGCUCGCCUGCCAACAUCAAUCUUAUUACCCAAUUUUGUACCAUAACACUCUCUAUUUCUACCACACUAACCAAUUUCACGAUUAGAAAUUCUUUUUCCUGUGAUUUUCUUCAACCAUCUUGUAUUGUACUUGUAUCUCAUAGUGCUCAGUUUCAGUCUUACCGGUUUUCCAGUCACUGUCCAGUACAAUUUCACCGACUAUUGUUGUUUAUUUCGAUAAAAAUAUUUUGUUCU